UUAGGCUUGGAGACCCCAGCCGUCACCAUUGAGCCCAGCAGCUGGAGCGGCAGCGAGAGUCCUGCCGAAGAUAUUGAAAGAAUGAGCGAUUCUGCAGAUAAACCUAUUGACAACGAUGCAGAAGGUGUCUGGAGCCCUGACAUUGAGCAGAGCUUUCAGGAGGCUCUAGCUAUCUAUCCACCAUGUGGGAGGAGGAAAAUCAUCUUAUCAGAUGAAGGCAAAAUGUAUGGUAGGAAUGAAUUGAUAGCCAGAUACAUCAAACUUAGAACAGGGAAGACACGGACCAGGAAGCAGGUGUCUAGUCACAUACAGGUCUUAGCAAGAAAGAAAGUUCGAGAAAUUCAAGCCGCCAUUAAGGUGUCUAGUCACAUUCAGGUUCUUGCCAGAAGGAAAUCUCGUGAUUUUCAUUCCAAGCUGAAGGUAACAAGCAUGGAUCAGACAGCAAAGGACAAAGCACUCCAGCACAUGGCAGCAAUGUCAUCAGCUCAGAUAGUCUCAGCUACUGCUAUUCACAACAAGCUGGGCCUGCCAGGAAUUCCCCGUCCUACAUUUCCUGGGGCACCUGGGUUUUGGCCGGGCAUGAUCCAAACGGGGCAGCCUGGAUCCUCGCAAGACCUUCUCCCUUUCUUUCGGCAGGCCUAUCCUAUACAGCCAUCAGUCACAGCUCCCAUUUCAGGAUUUGAGCCUACGUCAGCUCCAGCUCCCUCGGUCCCUGCGUGGCAGGGCCGAUCGAUUGGUACAACCAAGCUCAGACUGGUAGAGUUUUCGGCUUUCCUUGAACAACAGAGGGAUCCUGAAUCUUACAAUAAACACCUCUUCGUACACAUUGGACACGCUAACCAUUCUUACAGUGACCCGUUGCUUGAAUCGGUGGACAUUCGUCAGAUUUAUGACAAAUUUCCUGAAAAGAAGGGUGGUCUAAAGGAACUGUUUGGGAAGGGGCCCCAAAACGCUUUCUUCCUCGUAAAAUUCUGGGCUGACUUAAACUGCAACAUUCAAGAUGAUACAGGAGCGUUUUACGGAGUCACUAGUCAGUACGAGAGCUCAGAAAACAUGACAAUCACCUGUUCCACCAAAGUCUGCUCAUUUGGAAAGCAAGUAGUAGAAAAAGUAGAGACUGAAUAUGCAAGGUUUGAGAAUGGCCGAUUCGUGUACAGGAUAAAUCGCUCUCCAAUGUGUGAAUACAUGAUCAACUUCAUACACAAGCUGAAGCAUUUACCAGAGAAAUACAUGAUGAACAGCGUGUUGGAAAAUUUUACAAUUUUAUUGGUUGUAACAAACAGGGAUACACAAGAAACCCUGCUCUGCAUGGCUUGUGUAUUUGAAGUGUCGAACAGCGAACAUGGAGCACAGCAUCAUAUCUACAGGCUUGUAAAGGACUGAUCAGUUAUUUAUAUAUACACUUCAUUUCACAUCUUUAUCAAAACACAGACUGUAAACCUCAACACUAAGUGGCAGUGCCUCUGGCCCAACUUUCACCCACAUUUUUCUAAAUCCUGUUUUAGUGAAGUCAUUUUUAAUGUGUUCAUAUAUAAUUGUAGCUGUGAAAUUCUGGUACAGUUGUAAAAAUUAUUUCUAAAACUAAGUGUUCUUCAAAUUUGUAAACCACGGUUCUUUGGGAAGACUGUAUUUAAGAACCUAACGCCUCUGUCUGUGGAGGCCUAUUUUUAAUUCAGAUAGAAAAAUGUAUGACAGAGCAUUUGCCAUGGGGAAAAACUGACAGCAUUUAUAAGAAUUUAUUUUGGGUUUUUUUCCAACAUGAAACACUUGUUUUAUGAUGCAAGUGAAAUUAAUCUUUAGCUAUAACUGUAAAUGAGUACACAAAGUUAAUAAUCUUUAUAAAAUUAUCUUUGUAACUAAUUACGGUGGAAGAUAUGGAGGAAUGUAAUUCACUAAAUUAUUUUUUAAAAUGAAACAUUUUUUCUGUUUGAAGCCAAAUGAAAAAUAUAGCCUUAAGAAAUGCCUGAUAGAAACAGACACGUCCUAAAAUUAGGCAAAUUUUGUAUUUUUUUCUCAAUGCUAAAACUAAUUUCUAAUCCAUUAA